GUGAAAGCAUUGCUCACUACACAUUGCAUGUCAUAUUGGGCGAUUUUGCCAAGAGCUGCUUGGACUGAGAGUGCUUAGAGCAACAAUCCACCUCGUCGCCCACUUCCUCCGUUUCUUUUCAGUACAAUUGCGCUACUCAACUACGCACCUUCUAGUAACCACUAUUGCACGCAAGCACAACUUUGUGUACGCAAGAGCCCGAGCUUCUACUAAAGAUGGGCCGCCUGGUUGCGCAAGUCCCCAACGAGGACCCCGAGCGCCUGAAGCGUGUUCUGGAUGCAAAAUGGCGCACGAUUGGGGUUGACAAGGAGACGCUAGAACUUCAGGCUCAGGAGAAGAAGGACCGAGAGCAGGCUGAGAAGGACCGCGACGAGGCCUUCGCGCGCCUCACAGCCUACUUCGAUGACCAGCUCACGCUCAUGCAGCAGGAGGCGGACCAGAUCCGCAAAGCCUACAACCACGACACGGAGGCGUUCCGUCAGCAGCAGCAGCUGAAGCACACCCGCCGCGAGUGGGACAUCAACCGGCCGGACGCCAAGCAGCUGGACAUGCCGGGGCGCGUGGGCGAUGAUGACAACCGCCUGGGACCGUCCUCCCUGCAGAAGUUUGACGGAGAGGACCUCACAGCCGGCGACCGCAAGAAGGCGCAGAUCGAGCAGUCCGUCAACUGGUGGGCGGAGCAGACGGCCAUCAGGGACGCGCUCCGGGCCGCGGAGAAGGAGGCGGAGACGGCGCACGCGGAGCUGGUCAAGUACCAGGACCUGCUGCAGCAGACUGCCAAGAGCGAGGAGGCCGCGGUGCGGCGCGAGGUGGCGCGCGCCACCGCCGACUACAACAAGCGGCUGGCGGAGGAGAAGCGGCUGCGCGAGUAUGCGGCCAAGCAGGCGGACCUGGCGGCCAACAUGGCGGAGAUGGAGGCCACCAUCACCAGCAGCUUCAUGACCGAGGACCCCAACAUGGCCGCCUCGUCCAUGUCGGCGUACCGCGUGCGCAAGGACCACUACAAGGGCAUGACGGAGACGGAGAAACAGGCCAUCCUGGACGCGCAGCUGGCGCAGAUGGAGGAGAAGAAGGCGCGGCGCGCGCAGGAGCAGCUGGAGAACAUGAUGUACGCCCGGACACAGCACGACAUCCAGCGGGCGCUGCAGGAGCAGGUGCGUGCUAGGGCAAAGGGUGUGGAGGAGCAGGAAGGACAGGGCGCUGGGCUGGUUUGGGAGAAGGGUGAUGAGGCAGCCUGCGUUGCUAUCUGCACUUGAGAAUGCAGGGCGUCCUCGGCGCGCCUGCCUGCUGUCA